AUGACUGAUAUGACUGAUGAUGAUGAUAAUGAGUUCCAUGAAAAUGUAGAUGACACUGCAGAAUGGUUAGGUGUAGAUCACCAUAAGACUGAUGUGCAAAAUAAGACAACCGAAAUUGAAAAAGAUGACAGUUUGGUGAUGCCUGAAGAUAUAGAUGUUGCCCCUGAUUUUGAAUCUGAUUUUGAGACUGUCCUUGAAUCAUAUGAAGAAAUAAAUAGGAGUGAAAAUGUUGUGUUCAACCCAAAAGACAUGGAUAAUCCACAGUUGAAAUUACAAAUGUUAUUCAGUAGUAUAAAAGAAUGCAAGUUGGCUGUGACUAAUUAUAGUAUUAGACAAGGUAGGCCAUGUAAAUUUGUGAAGCAUGAUAGAUUAAGAGUGAGGGCUAAGUGUAGAAGUGAAGGCUGCCAUUGGGAAAUUUAUGCAAGAAAAUUGGCAGAUGAGGGUAGUGUGCAAAUCAAGACAAUUGAGGACACUCAUACAUGUGGUUUUACCUAUGACAAUCCACUAGUAAAUUCUGGAUGGGUUGGUAGAAAAUAUGCUGAGGAGUUUAGGACUAAUCCAAAGGUGAAUAUGAAGCACUUUAGGAAGACAGUAAUAAGGGAAAAUAAGUGCUCUUUCUCCAAAAAACAAACAUAUAGAGCUAGAAAUAGGGCUUUCAAGAUUAUUCAUGACAGUGAAAGUGAUCAAUAUGGCAAGUUGGGAGCAUACAUGAAUGAAAUUCAGAAAUCCAACCCUGGUAGCUCCAUUAUUUUGAAGACUGUGGAUGAAUCUACAAGCACAACAACACAACAACAGAGGUUCCAAAGGCUGUAUGUGUGUUUCAAUGGAGUGAAACAAGGAUUUUUAAAUGGGUUAGUUGGGGAAAUUCUAUUGAUAGCUGUUGGAUUCGAUGCUAACAACAGCAUCUAUCCAGUUGCAUAUGCCAUAGCAGAGGGAGAAAACAAAGAAUCUUGGGCAUGGUUCUUUAAAUUGCUGAAGGAAGAUUUAAAGAUAGAGAGGGAUUAUGAGCUAACAAUCAUGAGUGACAAGCAAAAAGGCCUAAUUCAGGUCUGUGACCUUGUUUUCCCAAAUGCAGCUCACAGGUUUUGCGUGAAACACAUGCAUGCAAACUUUUCAAGUGCUGGAUUCAAAGGAGAAGCUCUCAGAAAAGCGUUAUGGACUGCUGCAAAGGCAACUACACCAACUGAAUUUUUCAGCAAAAUGGAGGAAAUGGCAGCAAUUGACAUUGAUGCAGCUAGGUGGUUUGAUGAUAAAGCCCCAGCUCAAUGGAGUAGAGCCUUUUUUAGCACUUAUCCAAAAUGUGAUAUUUUAUUGAAUAAUCUGUGUGAGUGCUUUAACAGCAAAAUAGUCGAUGCUAGGGAGAAACCAAUCAUUGAAAUAAUGGAAUUGUUGAGGCUAUAUCUGAUGCAAAGGAUGCAGUAA